GUCAAUUCAGGAUGCACAUCAUCCGAGGCCGAGGAGCGACUCUUCACAAAACUAUUCUACAAAUAUAACAGAUUGAUUAGACCAGUUGUUAAUAACUCAGAUGUUUUACCGGUCAAUUUUCAGUUAACAAUGUCCCAACUUAUCGAUGUGGACGAAAAGAACCAAAUUAUGACAACGAACGUUUGGCUCAAACAGUUAUGGGAAGAUUAUAAACUUCAGUGGGAUCCAUUGGAAUACGACAACAUCUCCAUACUCCGAGUACCCUCCAAAAUGAUAUGGACCCCUGAUCUGGUCUUAUACAACAACGCUGACGGCAACUACGAAGUGACACUUAUGGCCAAAGCACUUGUGUACAAUACCGGCACUGUAUAUUGGCUCCCACCUGCAAUCUACAAAAGCUCUUGCAAGAUCAACGUCAGAUAUUUUCCCUUCGACGAACAGUACUGCCCGAUGAAAUUCGGCUCAUGGACUUACGACGGAAGCUUGAUCGACCUUGUUCCUUCGAGCAACGACGUCGAUUUGGAAGACUAUUGGCAGAGCGGCGAGUGGGACAUCAUUGAAACACCGGCAAACAAAAACACACUAAAGUAUCCGUGCUGCGAUGAGAUCUACACAGAUAUUACCUUCACGCUUCAUAUCCGCAGAAAGCCACUCUUCUACACGGUGAACCUUAUCCUUCCUUGCGUGCUCAUUUCCUUCCUCACUGUUCUUGUGUUCUAUCUACCCUCAGACUCAGGAGAAAAGAUUACACUUUGUAUAUCAGUGCUUCUGGCCUUGACUGUGUUUCUCUUGCUUAUUGCAGAGAUUAUUCCCCCAACAUCGCUGCUCAUCCCCCUCAUUGGUCGCUACCUUCUUUUCACCAUGGUCCUCGUUACACUAUCCAUUGUCAUUACCGUUAUUGUUCUGAACAUUCACUAUAGAGCACCCAGCACGCAUACAAUGCGCCCGUGGGUGCGUAAAGUCUUCCUCGAAGUUUUGCCGCCGUUACUCUACAUGAAGAGGCCCAAGAGGCACUUACAUGGAGAAAACCCUUCCAAGGAGAAGGACCUUAAUUAUUUUGAACUCAAGGAGGUGAUGCACAAAGACGGGGAGAAUCCCCACGGUAACGGGCGGGAUAUCUUUGACAACCUCCACCCUAGUUUCAAACUCCGGACUCUAUCUGACGAUGUCGGUAAUCCGAACCUCGAUACGCCGUCGAUGUCGAAGGCAGGAGGGAGAUACUCCAAGGAGUUCAAACAGGCUGUUGAUGGAGUCAAGUUCAUUGCUCAGCAUCUCAAGAACGAGGAUGAGUUUAAUUCUGUAACAGAAGAUUGGAAAUAUGUUGCCAUGGUCAUCGACCGGAUAUUUCUCUGGAUUUUUUUAAUUUGCGUAAUUUGCGGGACAUCCGGAAUCAUCUUAUCGGCACCACUCAUUUUCGAACCAGUGGUGACACAGAUAGAAAGGGAUGCAGCUGCGGCAACAGACCCCCCGACCGCGUCUCCAACCACCGAUCUCCCAAUUUCAGAGUAACUCAAGGUGCGUGUGACCGUCUUUUAUAAACAAAACCAAUGCAACUUUGGCCGCCGCAGUGCGAGGAGAUGGCGAAUGAUGGCUGAUGGCUCGUUAUCCAUGCAAUACAAUGACAGCCGUUCUACUGACCUCAUUGUUGAAAAGGACGACGAUGACGUAACAUACAGUUAGCAGUGAGUGGUGAUCAUUCUCGUAAUGGAGCAUUGGCGAUCGGAUGGCUGAAUUGCUUGAUGACGUCCGUAGGUAAACGUUCUUCAGACCACGUCGUAUGGACUUAUGGAUACGUAGGAUCAGUUACUUUUGAAUAUUCCCCGCGUCAUACACGGUGUGGUGUUUUAGACCCAGGACAUGUAGGAAGCACUGACCUGAACCAAAGAGGUCUUUAAUUCAAUAAUGCAGGUGAAAAAAAUUGGAUUACUGAUAACACUCGAAGUAGAUGAUGAGCAGAGCCAUGCUUACAUUUAUGCAGUUGAGACAGUGUUCGAAUCUAUUACAUAUUAUUGCAAAAUGUAUGCUGUAAUGAAAUCACGACGUAAAUCGUUGGAAGGCUUUAAAUUGUGUGAAGUUUCUGAGUAAAUCCAUUCUAAACGGAAAUAGCUCAGGUACUAUGCAUAAAAAUAGACACAACAAAUGUCUUUACCUUUGAUACUUUCUUGGUUCGUUUCUGUAGAUGCAUUUAGGUAUAUGCUUAUAAACCAAUAUCUGGUUACUAACAGAUUUUAGCCUCACUAUCAAUAAUAUGAUUUUUGCAAGUAUAAUAAUAUAUUAUCUUCGAGGAUACCUUAACACGUAUUGGAGUUAAGUAAUGUUAAGCAAGGAAGAGUGAUUCUAUACUAAUAUAGAAUCACUCUUCCUUGUUUAACAUUACUUAACUCCAAUACAUGUUAAGGUAUCCUCGAAGAGUUUAUUGCUUUGUAACCAUCAGCGACCAAUUGAUGUCACGGAUAACCCUAUGCCACUGGCCCCAGAACCAACCUGACAUCAAUUGCAGGUUCAUGUGUCAUAUCUAUACUGCUUUCAACCAGUCUGAACCGCCCUCCUCCUGCUUGGGUCCUUUCUCAGAACGAUUUCUUAAAAAAAAACAUGGUUACACUAAAGAUGGAACGAACGUGCUAUCGUCUGAAAGAUACGACUACGUCUACGGUACAGGCGUUACGCUUGCUGGGGUCGAUCCCUUGAUGCAUGAGCUAAUACCGACACAGCAACAGCAGUUUGCUUUGUACUUGACGACUUAUAGGGUCAAGAUCAUGUUAUGUAAUAAAAUGAACAAAAUGGAUAAUUUGUAUAUUUUAUAAUCGACAUGAUAAUUAUAUAUCAACAUUUGUUUGACGCUUUUUGAAUGUGAAUAUUUCAUGUAUAUGUGGUCUUGUUUUGAGUAAAAAAAACAACAUUUUUUUUAUAUUUAGCUGAAAACAUCAAAUCUAUACGAAUAUCAAUACUAAUUAAAUGCGAUAAGGGUAAUUUGACUGUAGAUAUCAUAGAGUCUAUCUCUUAACGCUGGCGUUGGACUUUAUUGUAGCGGUACAUAUUCUUUUUAAAUGUUAUCUCUCUUUGUAAGUAAAGUGAUUAUUGAUUAUAUUCAACACUCUUAUUUUUAAUACGAAUUUUUAAUCAUGAUAUUCUGUACGUAUUCAGCAUGCAUGUAAAGCAUUAAGCAUGAUAGGUGUGAAUUUUAAUUACGGCAUUCUAAAAUUGUAAGCAAUAUGACAAUUUUGUUCGGAAGUAGACGAGUACGACUUAACGAAAAUCGCUUAUUCUGGACAUUUCAAUCUUUUGUUAACUUUCUGACUUCACAGCGGACCAGAGGGUUUUUUUUCUCUGUAUUGAACGGGAGCAAUAUUAAAAAAUGUAAAUGCAGUCAUCUACAGUUGUUUCCAAGUAUUUGAUAUGGAAAUGAGACCAAGGGGUUAUUUUGUUUGAUUUUUGUAGGAUUUCUUUUUUAAGAAAGCUUUGUCAACGGUCAUAGUUAAUGGCAUAUAGUAGAUGGCAUCUAGUGCUUUCUUUAAAACGUAGUCAGUUUAGUUUUCUUUUUUUUUUUUCAUAUUCUCUCACACUGUUUGACGACCUAGGUAUUUUCCGAAGCGCUCUUAUUUAGAAUGUAUUACAGUUCUUUAUGACGUAUAUGUGUUCAUGAAGGAGCAUUAUAGACCUAGAUUCACAUCUACAUUAUAUAUCAUUAUGCAAUAACUGUUCUUUAUUAGAGAUAGGCAUAUUUCUGCUCGGUAUAUUUCUAUGUAUGUUACUGGUUAUCUCUUUUGUCUGCGGGAUACACGACGGCUAAUAUAAUUUCAAUACACCAUUCUAAUGCAAAACAUAAAACACGUAGUAUCGUACUGUUAGUCAAUAAAAUCAGAAUUAUUAAGGUUUGUAGUAUAUACGUGUACAUCUAUCUGUCUUUCUAUUUUGAUUUAUUGUUUCUUUAAUAACUAUCUGAAGAUUUUCCUUGCUUUGAUUUCUAGAACUCUGAAUUCACAGAAUCUAAUCAAAGAAAAGCUAUUUAUUUUAUCUGUUUCUUCAAACUAAAGAUCAACAUAAAUUUAUCCAAACUGUCGAAUAUUGGAUUUUCCUCUUCCUUGUUGUGUCUUACAUAAAAACAGAAUAGGAAAUGUCCCCUUUAAGCCGAAUCCUGGUGUUUGAAGUAUCGUAUAUUUGUAUAAAAAUAUAAUUUUCUUUCUUUUGGUCCUAAAAUAGGAAAAAGAAAAAAGACAUAAAGGAAAGUAUUGUUUAACGGUUAGAACAGUAUCAGGUAUUCUUUUCAGUUAUCAUUUUGCAUUCAUGAAAUAAAUAUACGUGAGUCCAUGAAAAGUUGAAAUUAAAUCUAUUUUUAUUCACUAAAAACCCUAGUCACAUGACCAAACUGACAUCAGGCCAACAUGUCACCCAUGCAAUGUAUCAGGGCAAUGCCAUUUUGUAACACUUGGGCAUUGAUCUGGAUCUCGUGAAAAUGAUUGCGAUGAUUAAUUUGUUUACAUGAAUAUUAAUGUAAAAUUUAUGCAAGUAACCAAAACCCCUUUCGGCAAUUGACAUUUUAAAAUUAAUCGCAAUCCUUUUGGAUAAUGGCGCUUUGGGGCAUUUCGCAUUUGCGUUGCUACCAAAUUCCAAACCGUGCUGGUAGAAUCAAUUGCGACCAUAACCAAUCAAAAGCGAGAAUUUUGGAUUUACAAUGUGUUUCUUCGAAUUGUGUUUAAUUGCAAUGUUUUGUGACAUUGGUUUCGGUUUGAACAGUGUGAAUGAGUGCCGCAGGGCCCAUCUUCUAAGAGUGUGGCUAGCCCGGUCUUUGCUCAUAGAUUGUACGACAUGGCGAGUUCUUUUUCUGGCAAAAUCAGAAUAGAAAAAAUACACCAUUCUAUUACCCGACUAUUUUCUCAUUUAUUUAUUUGUUUAUUAAAAAUAAAAUCACCCCUAUUGAGGAUUAUAUAAUUGCACACUGAUAUAUUCCCAUUCUAAUCAUUAGGAAUCUCUUUCAAAUAAGACAUAUAAGUACUAAUUCGAUUUCGAGAUAACAAUCUUAUUUCAAAUUACAUAAUGUUGGGCCAGACCGAGAUUCAAAUAAAGGUGUUAUAAAUAGUAAUGGCCAACCUGACUAGCCUCUGUGAAUAUAUGACACUGUGUAGAUCAUCCGCGGCUGGACCUGCGUUAUACAUAUACUACGUAAUCUCAUGCAUGAUGUUUAUUAAAUUAUUAUUUAACUGGUACAAGGGAAUCAUUGAUGAAAACCAUCGAUAUAAAAACAAAACUGGAUAGAGCAACGACGCGCUAUUUUGAGGUCACCGGAAGCACUUAAAAGUAAUCCAAAAGGUCAAGCGCGCACUCAGUUCCACACUUUUUUCUCUUGCGUGGGCGUGUUGUUCUUACGCGUAUGUAUGGCUCCAUUAUACUGUCAAUUGUGCCAUGCAAUACUUUUUCUGUGCUUCAAGGUCGUGUGUGAGACAUCAUACAACGAGCUCUAUCCAUUUUUUUUCUGUAUCAAUGGGUAUACGGGAAUCAUUGAUUCGACCUUUUUGCUGUUCGUGCUGUCCAAAGUCGUCAAAGAGGGCGUGCCUCUUUUUCAUUUGAAUUGCGUGUACAUUGAAAUAUAGACUCUAUCGUAGAGGUGAUAAAAUAUGAUUAUGAUUAUAUUUAAAAGAAAUACCUUACUUUGACUAUCCCGCAGCUAGUGCUGGAUGCUAAUAUGACUUGCUGUGAUCUUAAAUAUCAAAUUUAUAUGUAUUCAUCUAUUUGCAUAUUUUCAUUUCAUUUAUGCUCGAAAAAUUGGGCAGUCUUGUUUUCUUUCCUUUCUUUUCUACAUGUCUACAAUAAGCAUAAAACUUAUUGGUCUUCAAUUAACCAAAUCGUUUGCGAUUACAAGCGAUACUGUACAGCUUGAUAAUCGAUACUAUGAUUAUCAUUGUAUAUUUAAAUGUAUUUCCACUUCCAUCCGUUUUGUUGGAGAUUGAUUAAAUAUACGUUUUGACACAAUACAAGAUAAAGAACUCUC